GUUUUUGACACUAUAUUAGUAUACAGCCAGCCAUGUCUGACAUCCAUAAAUUGUUUUUUUAGGGGCAUCCAUAAAUUGUUUUUUUGAAGCGUUUUUGGCAUCCGUAAAUUGUUCAAGUGCCAUGCUCUGUCUGAAGCAAUUUCUUCUACAAAGGCCUAGAAAAGCCCAUCUGGCUACCGUGUCAAGGUCAAACUCUCGCCCACCCCCGAACCCCACAAAAAAACAAAACCCCGCUCGAUCGCUCCCCCGAUCCCCAACCAUUCUCCGGCGAACCCGCCCCAUCCGCCGUGCUUGGGUAGAUAGAUGGAGGGCCUGGCGGAGGCGGGGAGCGGCGGCCAUCUCGCUCCUCUCCUCGACGGCGUCGGCGGCGGCCUGGACGCGGCCCUCCUCCGCCGCCUCUACGCCGGCCACUUCCUCGCCCGAUGGGGCGCGCGCAUGUGGGAGUUCUCGGUGGGGCUGUACAUGAUCCGCGUGUGGCCGGGCUCGCUGCUCUUCGCCGCCGUCUACGGCGUCGUCGAGUCCGCCUUCGGGCCCAUGGUCGGCACCCUCGUCGAUAGCCUCACCUACCUUCAGGUUUUGGGCCUGUGGCUACUAGUUCAAAGCUUAUCCUUCAUCGUUGCUGGAAUCUCCGUAACCGUACUGCUUGUGUACGAUGACCUGAAAGUGACAAGCCUCCCGGUCUUCGUGGCUCUGGUCGUGGUCACCAACGUGUCCGGCGCGCUCGCGGCGCUCUCGACUCUCGCCGGAACCAUACUGAUCGAGAGAGAAUGGGUGGUGGUGAUGUGCGGCGGGCAUCCGCCGGCGGUGCUGACCAGAACCAACUCGGCGAUCCGGAGGAUCGACCUGAGCUGCAAGCUUCUGGCGCCGGUGCUGUCGGGGUUCCUGAUCAGCUUCGUGUCGGCGCAGGCCUCCGCGGUGGCGCUGGCGCUAUGGAACGUCGCCUCGGUGUGGCUGGUGUACUGGCUCUUCGUGUCCGUGUACAACGGCGUGCCCGCUCUCGGCGCCAACAGCCUGGCAAGGGACGCGGCCGCGGCGGCGCCGGAGGCCGACGAGGCGGUGCAGGGUCACGGUCGGGACGCGUCGGACUGGAGCGAGAGGCUGACGACGCGGCUCUCAGUCCUGCCCUGCUGGGAGUCCUGGGCCGUGUACGCGAGGCAGGAGGUGUUGCUGCCCGGGGUUGCUCUCGCCAUCCUCUACUUCUCCGUGCUAAGCUUUGGGACGCUGAUGACGGCGACGCUGGACUGGGAGGGCAUCCCGGCGUACGUGAUCAGCCUGGCCCGGGGGUUCAGCGCCAUGGUGGGCAUCGCGGCGACGGUGGUGUACCCGGCCGCGCACGCGCGGCUGUCCACGCUCCGGACGGGGCUCUGGUCCAUCUGGACGCAGUGGUGCUGCCUGCUGCUCUGCGUCGGCUCCGUCUGGGUGGGCGGCCGCGUGGCGUCGGCGUGGGUGCUCAUGGCCGGCGUCGCCGCCUCGCGGCUCGGCCUCUGGAUGUUCGACCUGGCCGUCACGCAGCUGAUGCAGGACGGCGUUCCCGACGCGGACCGGUGCGCCGUCGGCGGCGUCCAGAGCUCGCUGCAGUCCGUGUUCGACCUGCUCACCUACGUCAUGGGCAUCAUCGUCUCCGACCCCAGGGAUUUCGGGGAGCUCAUCGCGCUGUCCUUCUUGCUGGUGACCUGCGCUGCGGCCAUGUACACGCUGCACGUGUACCGCGUGCGGAAGCACCUGUUCCACCUCGACAAGAUCUUCGCCAAGAUGCAAUAGCCAUGAUAUCAGUAUUGAAAAUGAGAACAUGCGUGUGCAUGACUGUACGAUUUGUAAUUUUGUAGUAGCAGUAGUAUAAUGCCAUGCUUAGAUUAUGGACCCUGACAAGUGUCAUACGUGUGGCACGGCGUAAUUCCGUCAUGACAUUUUUUUAUGGCAAGUUUAGUCAUCCGAGGAUGACAACUUUAGUUGUGAAGUAUGACAACUCUCUGUUUGGAUAGCAAGUUUCAGUUUUUUAAGGGUUUGUUCUUUUCGGAUAGCAAUUUUAGUUGUAAAAAAAGGCGGCCUGACACUUAUCAUUUGGGUAGAUUA